UCGUGUACAGAAUUAAUUUUGAUAAUAAUAUUGCAUUGCCAUUUUAUUUAUUGACUGAUUAGUGCUGCGGUUUCAAUAGCUGGUGCCGAUGAAUAAAGUUCAGAUCGAUUUCCACGUAUUGUUGUUACGGGUUUAAACUGGUUUCCGCCUAGUUGCCGGGACACGACACAAACCGAAAGGCGCGUUGUUCGGUUGCAGGAUGGAGCUGAGAAGAAGAUGGAGGUGAUGUUAGGUUACGGCAGUACUGAGGUGUCACAGUGAUACAGUGACGGCUCGCAUGCGUCUUUGGCUUCACAAAUAAUGAGCCAACGUAGCGUGUUUCAAACUUUCAAAGACAGCGCCAGCCAGGUUAGUGACUGCAGAGAGGAUCAUGAAGUCCAGCUGUGCUGUUUUUACCAGAAAAAACCCUUUUCCCCGAAACCCACCAUUACCCAGAAGUCACUACAGACCCUCCCUCACACAGAAGCUUACAAAGCAGCAGAAGAAAACGACCGUAAGUUCUGCACGUCUGUCCCAACCAGCCAAUGCUCAACCAGCCAGUGCUCCACCAGCCCCAGCAGAUUUAGCGACGAGUGCAGACCAGCAUUCCCUUGCACUUUCUAAUGGUUUACCGCUCUGUGCACCUUCUAAAGACUCAGAUCCCAACUUCUGUGAGUCAUGGCCAUCCACUGACCUUGAUUCCCCCCCAGCUAAUGGCACUGCUUCCCCUGGAACAGAGGUACAGGGCACGGUUGAAUCCUCAGAAUCUCAGGCGUUUUCUGCAGCUCGAGCUCCUGUAGAUCAAGAGGAUUCAGUGUUGGCAAAGUACAUUGAACGAUUUCGUCAUGGGAGCCCCAAGAGUAGAAUGGAGAGACGGCUCUUGAAUACUCUAAACGAGGGGAGCUCUUUCUGGUGGAAGUCUGCUUGUCCAGCACACCCUUUGGACCUAGGUGAUUCCUCCAUCCGUAAAGAUGAUCACAUAGUGACCACCUUAAGUCCAGUGGGGCAGUCUGGCCAAAACUCUCCAGACUCCUCCAACAGUGCCCUUUAUGACCUUACGGAUCUCUCAGACUCACACUGUGACACUGCAGAUCAGGAAGUCUUGCAACUGCAGGAGAGGGCAAGCAGGCUUCUGCAGAGGAGUGAGCAUUCUAUAAGUAGCAGUUCUCUCCCUGUCAGCUCUGAAGGCCUGAGCUCCAAGAUCUCUUCCCCUGCCAGUGCAGAAGAGCCUGUGCGACGGCCAACAGUGGCCAGCUUCAUGGACCUGACCACUAAUACGAAGAGUCCAGCAGUCCCAGCACCAGGCCCACCAUACAAGUCCUCCCUGAAGGAGCUCUCAGCUUCCCGCACACGGCCAGAAGAUGACAUCCUGUUUCAGUGGCGAUUGCGGAGGAAGAUGGAACAGGCCAGGCACUGGCCCCCGAUACACAAGCAGGAUCCAGCCCCUCACCAUCCACAAGGAGAAUAUGGCCUCUCUUCGUCAGAUCCUGUACAGACCCCUCACGUUACCCUUGUCUCUGGAGAGCCCGCUCUACUUCAAGGAAACCCAACUUGUACAGCUGCUCCCUCACUCCCCAUUUCCAGCCACACUGUCUCAAGGCUCCCCCAGGUCACCACAGUCCCACCGCACAUGCAUCUUCUUUGUGACGUGCUACCUUGUCCCAUUUGGCAGUCGCAGGUACCUGUUCAAAGAAAGAGUCCCAGAAAACCUGCUCAGAAUCCACAUCAAAACCAAGAGGAUUCCAGCGACACCAGCGCUGAGGUGGAACCCAGCAAGGACGAGUCCUCUCCAUUCCCUAUGUCAACUGCCUCCACUGAGGAGGAGUGGCUAAGUCACAGUAAAAAAUCCGUGCAAGACAGGAAGGAGGUUUCGCAAGAAGUGGACCUUGAGAAAAAACAAAAACACACAGUUUCAUCCAACAGCAAGAAAAAAUUGUGCCGAGAUGGGGAUCGAUCAGAAGUUCACAAAAGACAACCUCAGAUUGGUAAGAGGCUCAGCAGGGACCACAAAAGGGAAGAGAUGCUCCCAUCACGGCCUCAGGAAUCCAGAUCCCAAGAACGAAGAUCAGACAGGAGUCCGAAAUCAAGAAGUGCGGUGCGUACAGGAGACCAGGCACCGCCACCCUCUCCAAUACACAGUGCACUGGGACAAGUUGUAUCAGAGGUACUGUUCCCCAUCGCGGACUCACCGCCUCAUCCUGUGACUCCUGGCUCGUCAGGCUCCCUGAGGAGUCCCAGCAGCACUCCCCCUGCACCCCCACAAUCCCCUGCUCCUAUGCCAAGCAUAACUGAACACCCUGAAGUUGUAAGUCAGCUGUUGCAGGAGGCUGAAGAUUCAGAUGGUCUUGAAUUUGAGGAUGAUCCUUUGCUUCAAGUCCUAAGGCAGCAGAGGGAGUGGGUUAAAGAACAGAUCAGUGAAGCAGAUGCAUUGCUAAAUGAUAUUCAAAACUGACCCAUGCAUAACGGUUGGAAAGCAGCACACCAGAAAUCAAUAGCAUUUAUUUUUAUACAUAAAUACAUUUUUAAAUCCAUACUUAGCUACAGUGCGUGGCUUAAAAAAAUAUACAACUCUGCACAGUUCAAGUGACCAUAUGGAAACAAAAAAAUGUGGGGAGGGGGGAACAUGUACAUGGACAGAUAUUGGAAACUUAAAUUUAUGGUAAUGUAAUAUAAAGAAAUAACUUUAUAAAAUGUCUAUUUACAAUUUAAAAAUAUAUUUUGCAAAAUGUUCCAAUAAAUUUGUUUUAUGGUUGUAUGAAGCAUGUGUGGUUUGUUAGAUGGGAGGUUGGAAUAUCUUUAUGCAGAAUUUGUGUUUGUGUGCAAAUCGGUAACAUGGAU